AGAACAGGCAUGAUCCUGAUGAUAGAUGAGGACGUAAUCGAGAAGCGCGAAGAUGCGGUGGACUAUGAUUUGCCUGAAAUGGAACGAGUUGACGCCUGUGGCAUUAUUCGUAUUCCAAAAACGAUUGUACUCGACUCACCCGUCAAGAACACUCCAGAGCAGAUUGCGAUGAAGCGAACCUUCUGGCGAGAGUUUAUGAAUAAGCAUGAAGUAGUAAAAAUUGUUGCUCCAAUGGUAGACCAAAGUGAACUUGCGUUUCGCAUGUUCAUGCGUAAAUACGGAGCUCAUGUGACCGUAACGCCGAUGAUACAUGCUCAUCUAUUUGUAAAUGACAGUACCUAUCGCAGGAAUGCUUUAGCCUUAUGUGAGGCCGAUCGUCCCCUCAUAGUACAAUUUUGCGCAAACAAGCCUGAUACCUUUUUGGCUGCUUGCCGUCUUGUCGAAGGGUACUGUGAUGGUGUCGAUUUGAAUCUUGGCUGCCCGCAAAUGGUGGCCAAGAAAGGGCGCUAUGGAGCAUAUUUACAGGAUGAAGUUGACUUGAUUUGUUCAAUGGUUUCGGCAGUACGAGAUUACUGCUCUUUACCUGUGUCGUGUAAGAUACGCAUACGCAAUUCUCGCGAGCAAACAUUGGAGUAUGCUCGUCGACUUGUAGAAUCAGGAGCUACAAUGCUGACUGUGCAUGGCCGCACGCGAGAAAUGAAAGGUGUAGACACUGGUUUGGCGGACUGGUCCCGUAUACGAGAAGUCGUUGAAGCGGUAGAUGUGCCGGUGGUUGCUAAUGGGAAUAUUCAGAUGCCUGGAGAUGUUGAGAGAUGCCUUGCAGCAACCGGAGCCGCUGCAGUUAUGUCAGCCGAAGGAAUCCUCUACAAUCCAAUGCUUUUUGCUGACAAGAAUGAGGAAAGUUGGUCAGUUGCGAAGGAGUACUUAGAAUAUGCGCGUAGGUAUUCUGCUGGCACUAGUGCUGUUCGGGCGCACAUAUUUAGGAUCUGCCAUCACAGCUUGCUAGAGUUUGCUGAUUUGCGAAUGCGGGUUUCUACUGAGCAUGGUCUGGAAGACUAUGAAGCAAUUGUGGAGGAAUUGAAGUUGCGUACUCGGGCUGUGGCAGAUACAGAAGAAGCACGGAAACAAAUGGUGCUUGCCAGAAACCUUUUUGAUCGAAUUAGGAAAGGAGAAGUAGAAAUGGACCCUAUCGAAGUGUCUAGAGCUCCAUAUUGGAUUUGUAAGCCGUAUUUCCGUCUUUCGGAGGUUGCUCGCGAAAGCAUUGUGGCGGAAGGAGAAAAGACCUAUAAGGAAAAGAGGAAAGAACAUCUCCAGAAAAUUGCUGAUGAGUUGGGACUUUCUUUGAAGCAGGCAAGGAAGAGAGAGCGAAGGAAACUGAAUGGUCAACGCACUUUCAUCUCGAAAAGGGCAAGGUUUCCUCCAUGUGUGCGAUGUUCUCAGCCAGCUGGACAGGGAUGCGCGCAUUCCUUCUGUAAGAAGUGUUGCCGCUGGACAUGUAAACAGAAGUUUUGGGAUUGUAAAGCUCACCGUCAGAAUUUUGCUGGCCUGUCUCUCAAAAACACCAUCUGUGACAGCCAAGAGACUCUGGAAUAAAUAGUCGUGAGUUGAAGAGAUCUGGUUGACAGAGUGUCUGGACGUUCAAAAUCUCUAUGGGAGAAGAUACACUUUUGUUGAGCCCCUCGAUAGAAGUCGCGCGUAUAUUUAUUUACUUGCUUUCUUAUUCGCUCCCCAUAGUCGCAUCUGACAUGUGAGAAAACGAUCUGCUCGUUUCGAAACUGUGGAAUGAUUGUGUAAGGAGUGAUGUGACUCCUCUAUACCGAUUGAUUUGUAGUGUCAGACACGAAAGGAAGUAGUAUGGGUGACUGGCUUUUUGAAUAACCUGGUGAAUGAUCU